AUGGAUGGCUUAGACUACAAAGAUCUAUACAAGGAAGGAGAAUUUUAUCACAACGAGUUUCGGCGGUCCAAAAACUUAGAUGACCUUGAGAAGGCAAUUGACUAUGGAAAUCGUGCCCUGGAGCUGAUUCCAAGUGAACACUUAGACUUGUUGACCCUGUUAUCGUGCUUGGGAGCAUAUCAUGAUGAUCGAUAUCGGCGGCUUGGGAAAUUGGACGAUAUGGAGAAAUCAAUGGAGUACGAUGUCCGUGCGCUCGAAAUCAUGCCUGAAACCAAUCCGCACUUUCCAAAUCAGCUAGCUAAUAUUGGGGUAUCUUAUGGUCUUCUAUAUCAACGUUUCGGUAAAGUGGACAGCCUCAACAAAGCAAUCAAAUACAAGUCUCGUGCGCUCAAACUUACUCCUGACGGCCACCCGGACUUACCGGGCCGGUAUGCAGCUCUAGGAGUGUCAUAUGUAGAUCGAUAUCAGCGUCUGGGGGAGGGCGAUGACCUCAACAAAUCAAUCGAAUACAAUUCCCGUGCACUCGAACUCACUCCCGAUGGUCAUCUGGACCUUCCAAACCGGCAUGCAGCGCUAGGAGUGUCAUACACAGAUCGGUAUCGGCGUCUGAAAAAAGUUGCAGACCUAAACAAAGCAAUUGAAUACAAAUCUCGUGCACUCGAACUCACUCCCGAAAACCACCCGGAUUUGUCAAGCCGGCAUGCAACUCUAGGAGUGUCAUACACAGAUCGAUAUCGGGAGUUGGGACAAGUCGACGAUCUGAACAAAGCAGUCAAACAUAGCUCUUGUGCACUCGAACUUACUCCCGACGACCAUCCUGACCUGCCGAGCCGGCAUGCAACUCUGGGGGUGUCGUACUCGGAUAGAUAUCGACGCACAGGAAAACUUCUUGAUUUAUACAAAUCAUUCGAACACGACUUUUUUGCGCUCAAUUUGACCCCCGAUAGACAUCCCACUCUAUCUUUGCGCCAUUUCAAUUUGGCUGUAUCAUCUCACGAGCUGUACCUCUACACAAGCGAUCCUGACUGCCUGCACAGCUCCCUCGACUCAUUUCGCAAAGCCUCUCAGCUGCUCACAGGUGCAGCUCGCGACGUGUUUAACAACGCCUUUCAAUGGGCAAAGCUGACGUCCAAAUACAACUACCUUAACCCUAUUGAAGCUUUCCGCGCGGUGGUAGACCUUCUCCCUCACUUCAUAUGGCUUGGCGCUACUACCUCUCAGCGGUACCAUGACCUGUCCCUAGUAGAGAACGUUGCAGUCCGAGCUGCCUCUGCUGCCAUUCGCUCAUCUGAAUAUAGUCUGGCGCUCGAAUGGCUAGAGCAUGCACGAUGCGUGGUGUGGAAUCAGUCGCUCAUGCUUCGGUCUCCUCUAGACACUCUGGAAUCGUCGUAUCCAGCCUUGGCCGCUCAGCUGCGGGAAACUGCAAAACAGCUGCAUCAUGCAAGCUCCCAGAAUCCAGCACCCAGCUCUGUCACAUACUCUUCAGAGCAUCGCCAUCAAUUGGCAAAGGAAUACGACGAUCUACUAGCCCAGGUACGGAAGUUGCCUGGUUUCGAAACCUUUCUUCGACCCAUGGAAGUAAAGGAACUCUUAAAGACUGCUCGAUACGGACCUGUGGUUGUCAUCAACUGCCACGACGCCCAUUGCGAUGCGCUUGUGAUCAAGCCUGGAAAGGACCACGUUGGCCAUCUCGCUCUUUCCGACUAUACCGAGGAGAAAGCGCGGAAUGCUCGCUCGCAGAUUGACACCAUGCUGAGGAACAAGCGACUUCGAGAGCGCGGUUUCAAGCCCAAGGCUCUGCCUCUGUCAGAGCCUGAACCUGACAUCGGGCUGGUGCUUGCUAGUCUCUGGAAUGAAGUCGUCAAGCCGGUGCUUGAUUACCUGGGAUACCUCGAUAACGAUGCACCAAACGACCUCCCCCAUGUCACGUGGUGUCCCACAGGAGCCAUCACCUUCUUGCCGCUACAUGCGGCCGGGGACUACGGCCAACCGCGAUCACGAGUGUUUGACCAUGUCAUAUCCUCAUAUACGCCUACUCUUAAUGCUCUGCUAUCAUCCGUUCCUACCGUGCUAGAUCGACCUCCUCGGGUGCUGGCCGUCGGUCAAUCGAUCACACCCGGUCACAGUCCAUUGCAGGGCGUCACCAGAGAGCUCGAAUGUCUUAAGAACCACACACAACACCGAGCGGUGUACUCACAGCUGAAAGAUGACCAAGCGACAACCGCAACCGUGCUCGCCGAGAUGGAACGAUACGACUGGGUGCACCUGGCAUGCCACGCUCAUCAGAACAUUAUGAACCCGACCAAGAGCGGGUUCUACCUGCACGACGGGACCCUCGACCUAGUGACCAUCACCCAACGAUCGUUCAAAAACAAGGGACUCGCGUUUUUGUCUGCGUGCCAGACUGCGACGGGGGACGAACGGUUGCCCGAUGAGGCUAUUCAUCUUGCGUCUGGGAUGAUGAUGGCUGGGUAUCCGAGCGUGGUUGCGUCGAUGUGGUCUGUGAUGGACGAGGAUGCGCCGUUUGUGGCUGAUAAGGUGUAUGAGAUGUUGAUGAAAGCUGGGAAGGUCGGGAAUGGAGAGGCGGGGAGAGCGGUUCAUUAUGCUGUUGCGGGGCUACGCGAGAAGGUUGGGGAGAAGGAGUUUGGGCGGUGGGUGCCGUAUAUCCACAUUGGUUCGUAA